AUGAUCUUCGAACCCGCAGAGAGGACUUUGCUCCCCACAAAGGACCUCUUGUCGUACAUUUUUGAUGAGCCACCGUACGAUCAGGACCAGCCAAUCUAUAUUGACGUCCAUGACCCCUCGCGCUCUAUCUCCUGUAAUCAGGCGCGAAAGCUAGUACGCCAGCUGAUUGCAGGUCUACGGGCAUCGGGCCUUCAGCCCGGCGAUUGCGUUUUGAUACAUUCUUUCAAUGACAUAAAUUACAGCAUUCUUGUGUUGGCCAUCAUCGGCGCCGGGGGGAUUUUCACCGGGUCGAAUCCAUCCUACACUCCCCAUGAGUUAGCUCAUCAUAUCAAAGCUUCCCAAAGCAAGUUCCUCAUCUCAGAGCCAGAGAUUUUAGAUUCUCUCCUGCGUGCGGCCAAGCUGACAACCAUACCGGGUGAGAAUAUCUCGGUAUUUGACAAUCGUGGACAGUCUAUUCCCAAUGGAAUGCGAUCAUGGAGAAAGUUACUCGAAUUUGGCGAAGAAGACUGGGUCCGAUUCAAUGCCUUGAAGACGACCCAGGAGACAACAGCAGCCAGGCUAUUUAGUAGUGGGACCACUGGAUUACCCAAAGCUGUGACAAUCACUCAUCACAAUCUCAUUGCUCAGCACGAACUUGUGCUGGGAGCAAAUCCUCGGCCUUACGCUAUCUCGCGUAUUAUUGCUGUUCCCGUCUUUCAUGCAUCGGCAGCUCCUGUGACGCACAUCUCAACAUUGAAAGCCGGAUCGGCUGCCUACAUGAUGCGUCGCUUCGAUCUCGAAGAGUAUCUGAAUACCGUUGAAAAGUACAACGUUACCGAUCUUGCUAUGGUUCCUCCCAUUGUCAUCGCCAUUCUCAUGUCCCCUCUUUGCCAACAGCGACCUUUCCUCAAAAAGGUGCGGCUUGCUGCUUGCGGGGCUGCUCCUUUAGAUAAGGGGAUCCAAGGUAGAUUUCGAUUACUGAUGGGCGAUGGUAGCCCAUUCACUCAAGUAUGGGGCAUGACAGAGACUUCCUGCAUUGCUACGAUGUUCCCUUACCCAGAGCAUGAUGACACGGGAUCUGUUGGACGGCUCAUACCAAAUCUUGAGGCAAAACUGAUUGAUGAAGACGGCAAUAACAUCUCAGCAUAUGGUGUCCGUGGUGAGCUGUGUGUUCGCGGACCUACAGUGACACCGGGGUAUUUCAACAACGCCGAGGCUAACACUCAUUCGUUCGAUUCCGAAGGGUGGUUUAAGACAGGUGAUAUUGCCUUUUGUGACCAGGCAACCAGAAAGUGGUACAUUGUAGACCGAAGAAAAGAAUUGAUCAAAGUACGGGGGUUUCAGGUAGCACCUCCCGAGCUUGAGGCCGUUCUUUUGUCACAUCCACAAAUGGUUGACGCUGCAGUGAUUGGGAUCACCUUUCCAGGUGCUGAUACAGAAUUUCCUCGUGCUUAUGUCGUCCGACGGCAGGGUGAUUCUGGAUCAAAGCUCACGGAAAGUGAUGUUCAACAGUACGUUUUGGAACGGCUCUCAAAGUACAAAGCACUUACCGGGGGUGUCAAAUUCGUGGGAGCCAUUGCAAGAAACCCUAGUGGGAAGAUAUUGAAGCGAGUGUUGAGAGAAGAUGCCAAAUUGGAAAUCGAAGCUGGGCUUCUCAAACCCAAGCUUUGA